AUGGGAAAACGACGUAAUAAGAACAAAGCAGAUCGAGAAGAUUUUGCUGUUUUCUCCUCUGUUUCACACAAAACUGUGGUUGAAGUGGGCAGUGAUGGCAGUGAUGAUGCAUCCUGUGUUACACAUUUGAUACGGGAUUAUGAUACGCGUAGCGCUGAUGAAGAGGAUUUCAGUGACACAGUGACUACAUCCGAUCAGCUGGAUGGUUUUCUUGAUAAGGCUACCAACAAAAAUAUAUCCAUCCGUUUUGCUGCAAUGGGUAAUAUCAAAACUCUAUUAACUGAAAAAUACAUAGCUCUGGACCUUGAAAAAUGGACUGCAACCUUAAUAUAUAUUACUGAUAAAGCGUUACGAAAAACCGACAAGGAAGCGAAAAUUGCUGCUUCUUUGUCUAUUCUGAUCUCCAUUCAAUUAGGAGAAAAGGUUGCCAGUGAAAUGGAACCGGUCGUCAGUCUUUUGUGCCAGUUAUGCAGUGAUCCAGCUCGAAACAUCCAGUUGCGUAGCCAUUGUGCACGGUCGGUGGCUCUUUGUACUUUUCUGUGCUUGGAACAGCCAACAUCAAUCCUUGCAUCCGUUGCCACACUACGGUCUAUUUGGGUUACUGCGAAAUCAAAUGCUGCUUCUGUAGGGCUGUUUUGUGCAGCUUUAUCAGGGUGGUCUCUGCUUAUCCAUCAAGGAGGACCAGAAGCUUUGAGACUUGCAUUACUAGAUGAACCCAAGCUGUCUACAUUUCUCGAUGGGAUACAUCUGGAAAUGAGACUGAGUGCGGGUAAAGCUUUGGCAGUUUUACAUGAAGCUGCCGUAAUGACAUUCGGUGAUAAAUACCGAUUUCCUAACCAGCAGCAUCUUCUGGAUAUCUUUGCAAAUUUGACAACCGAUUCGUUGAAGUCCCGAGCCAAGAAAGAUCGAAAAAUACAAAGGUUCACGUUCAGGCAGAUGUAUGCGUCUAUAAAGGAACAAGAAGCGCCGAUAUUUGAUGUAAGAUUUGGUGAUGAAACACUGAGUAUUAAUUCAUGUCGAAAGAAACUUUUAUAUGAAUUUAUAUGUGAUGCCUUACAUGGCAACAUAAUUUCCCAUCUGAAAAUGAAUGCGAUUUUAAGAGAGCAGUUCGAUUUAAAACCGACGAUUGAAAUAUUUCCAAUGAAAAUGGAAAAACUGCGACGGGUUGCCAUACAAAAUGCGAUCAACAAAACAAGGGAUUUGCAGCGGUUAAAGCAGAGAGACAAACGCACCGUAUAUUGA